GUGGAUCAAACGGGGCCACUGCUAGCAACAUCGUUACAUCCCACCUUGAAAAUUGGUCCGUUCUCGAUUUCGGUCCCAAGAGCGGUUUAUUCUAUGCUCGCGUCCAGUCGAACACACAAGAGUUCUUAAGCUGAAGAUCUAUCUUGAUAGUUCGCCAGCUAGGACUGUUAUGAUGUCCGUUGGAGAGAACACUGUUGAACUUAGAGGCUAUGUCCCUUCCAACGUUGUUGGUACUGUCAAGGUUUCCAUUCAAGCAUUCCGCGAUGACGAAAUCUUUGACUCCGCUCCUCUUGGAAUCUUCAACGUGAAGGAUCUCAAAGGUGAUGCGACAUCAUCGCUUUCUUCGACCCUUGGGAAACGCGCAAAAGAGUGCGAGGAUGAUGGUCGGAUCGCCAAACGUCCUUCAGUCCUUUCGGGUAACCAGUGGGAUCUAGAUAGCACGCCUGUGACCCCUGCGGCAGAACAGCAGUGUGAACAGGCAGAUAUCCGGAGCCCAGUCAACUUUGAAAUGGAUGGCGAUCUCGCCUCGAUGGCUACCAACUGGUCCCACGAGGAAUAUCAUGCACAUCGCCGACUCGUCCGUUUCUGGCGUCAGCAAAACGGAGCGAGCCUCCGUAUCAGCUUUGCUCCUAUCAAGCAGGAGGAGUAUACCAGUGGCACUAUUGCCAUCAGCUGCAUCCAUUGCCCGGAGAACGAUGAAUGCUAUUUCACUUCUGUCGAUAUUAUCUACCUUCUUGAGGCUUUCAUUGGCACUCAGUUCAGUAUCGAGGAGAAGAAUCGCAUUCGCCGAAAUGUCGAGGGCUUCAAGCCGACAACAAUCUCCAAGACAAGCAGCGAGCAGAGCGAUUUCUUCAAUCUCAUCAUGUCCUUCCCUCAGCCUCGUCCUCGUAAUAUCGAGAAGGACGUGAAGGUCUUUCCAUGGCGCUCUCUCACGAGAGCUGUCGAGAAGAUAAUUGGCAAAUACAUUUACUCCUCAGCAACUGGUAGAAUCAUAGAGGAGAAGGGAAGCUCUUAUUAUGCCAGGAGCCCCCGCCGUUCGCAGACCUCGUACUUUAGCAGUCCCCUUAACCUCCGUUCUUCUGUCUUCGGGGGCUCGGCAUCUUCGUGUUCUUCUUCCUCGAUCUCCUCUCCAGACACACCCCUCAUCACACCCCCUUUGUUCCCUUCUGACUACUGCCAGCAGAAUCCUGAUGUCAUCGAGGAUCUUGCCUCUGUGCAGAAAUCUUUCUUUGACAGCAUCACUGAUCCAAGAACAUCGUUCCAUUUGUCUCUACUGAUGCUUCUUGUCCCUCGGGCUCGUUCGAUCCUCUGGCGACGCUAGAUCGGAACUUCGACUUGUCAUAUUUCACGCAGCUGCCUAUGACUGACUUCGGCGCUCUUCUGCUUACCUCGGAUGAUGCUCAAACUACUUUGUCCUCAUUCAAUUCCGCAUGCGCACCGAGUUCAUCCGCUCAUUCCCUCAGUGAAGAGGAGUUCUCUGCUUUGUUGAACUCUCUUACAACCCCCAUCGACUUCAAUGAACCGCUCAACCCUAUUCUGCUAGAGUCAACAGGGUCUCAGGUUUCUUCCGAUGCCAAUUCGAAGGAUGACCUUAUUGCAUCGGACCAUACCUUGUCUGCAGCCUUGUCAUUUGGUGACCUC